AUGUCCAACGAGGAUUCGAUUGUUCCCAUAAAACUUGCACAAACUUUUAUUCAUGUCAUCGACUUCCAUGCUGACCCAGUAACAUGUGUCAGUGCUUCGUCUGGAACAGUCUCAUAUGAUUCAAUUCUCUCGGCACGUCAUGGACGUGUUGAUCUUUUAAUGAAACAAGAUGCAAUUCAUUGUACUCGUCAACCACCUCGUCCUCAUCACGUUUCGAAAUUGAAAAGAGUUUUUAAUAAAGAUCUAAUUGAAAAACCAGUGAAAGUUGAUAUUGAGACAUUUCAAGCAGUGAAAAAGGAACAUAUCAUCAGAAAAUUGGGAGUCAAGGAGACUUCGAAACCUGUGAAUGACUUUGUGGAAGUAUCAAAAGAAGUGGAUUUGGCACUGAAAGAAUGUCUUCUCAAUUUCCAAAAACCGGAAGAGGAUGAAACUAAAAAAGGAGUUUUCAAUAUAACUAUUGAGUUUCCUUCAUCCAUUCCAGUUCCGGUUACAAAACCAAAAGAGAAGUUCAUCAUUCAUCAGAAAGCAUUAACUCGAAAUCUUUCUUCACAAAUUCGGGAUUCCUUUGGGUCGAAUCUUGAUGGUCAACAGCAAACGGAGAUUAUCACUUUCCUUACUUUAAUUCAAACAAACUCGGCAAACCCAAUUGAUAACGGACUGGUUGACUCGGAAUUGAUUCAUGAAUGCGUAACUCACAAAGCAGUCGAAGUGAUACUUCUUCUGGAUGCAAGUGGUUCAAUUGGAGAUGAUACAUUCAAAAAACAACUUUCUUUUGCAAUGCAUUUGGCAUCUCGAUUGAACAUUUCUGAGGAAGGAAGUCAUAUGGCUCUGAUACAGUAUGCUGAAACACCUAAACUAGAAUUUUCAUUGGGACAAUUCAAUCAUCCAACCCAGUUAGAAUGGGCAAUUCAGCGAAUAGAAUAUCAGAGUGGUGCCACGAAUACAGGACAGGCUCUGAGACUGACAUUGGAAAAGGGGUUACAAGGAGCCCGACCUGGAAUUCCGAAAGUAGCAAUUGUUAUAACUGAUGGACAGAGUCAAGAUGAUGUAUCAGAACCAUCUCAAUUACUUCGAGAUGCAGAUGUUAUGGUGUAUGCAAUCGGAGUCACUAACCUAGUGAAUGUUCAUCAAUUACAUCAAAUGACUGGAAAUCCUGUUCGAGUUUUUACUGUUGAAACAUUCGAACAGCUUGAUAGAGCAUUGGCUGAUUCAUUGACUUGGAGCAUGUGCAAGACUGAAUUCAGGCCCGGAGCUCCUGAAAUAAUCUGUGGACCUGAUAGAAUAGGAGUGAAAGCUUCCACGAAGCAGCCAUUCGAAGGAAAUGUGUUCGUUAUGGACCAUUAUCAUGACGAAGAAUGUAGAGCUGGUCCAGAGAAGUUUCCAGAUUCCAGAAGUAUCGGAUUAACUGUACCAUUCUCUGCUUGUAAUGUCCAUCGAUAUCGUUCCCUGAAUCCAAAAGGAAUCUUUGUGGAAGUCAGUAUUGUGUUCAUGUUCCAUUCGCUUUUCAUGACAAAGACAGAUCAAACAGUGAAAGUUCAAUGUUUUUAUAUGGAAGCAGAUAAACAUGUUACUGUUCCAUUAUCUGUUAGUAUGAUCACAACAGUAUUUCGUGAACAAAUAUAUCAAAUGCCCCAAUGUGCUUAUACUCUUCGAAAAGGAGCUCCAGAUGGACCGAUCGUUCGUUUCGCAACUCUCGGAGAAAGUGUAUACCAUCGAUGGGAAUGUAUUGAAGUUGAAGGAGCAGAUAAAGAUACAUUCGGAAUGUUGGUUCAUUCAUGUUAUGUCGAUAAUGGAUAUGGAGAUCGUGUUGACAUAUUGGACUCAAAUGGAUGCGGACUUGACGCAGUUCUUCUUUCGACUCCAGAUUAUGAUACUUCACUUCGAUUGGCUACAAAACCUUAUCAUGUUUUCAAGUAUGCAGAUCGUCCUGUUCUCCAAUUCCAAUGCCAAAUCACUCUUUGUCUGAAAUAUGAUGGAGGAUGUGAAGGAAUCACUCCUCCACAGAAUUGUAAAAAGUUACCAGGAGAAGAUGGAAAUCAUCAUCAUCACCAUCAUGAUCACUCGGAAAGAAGAAGAAAAUUAGUGAGGAGAUUGGCGGAUGGAGUUGGAACAAUCGAUGUUUUUACGGAUUCAGUAACUGUUUUAGAACAGGAACCAGCAUGUCAACAGCCACUUCCAUAUCCAAUCACCAAUACAAAUAUCUGGAUAAUGGCCACCAUCACCUUAAUAAAUAUAUUUGUUUUCAUUGUGACCAUAUGGUUUACAUUCCGAAAACGACGAUGUAAGCCUUAA